AUGUCUGCUGCAUGCUUAAGUGAUCAAAUAGAAAAGAGAAACUCAAAAUUGGAAGAAAAAAAUCCUGUGUUUCGAGGAUAUAAGCCAGAUUUACCAACAGCAUACAUUUCCCCAAUGGUCGAGUCACGAAAACAACAUGGUCACAAUGAAGAUUGUAUUGAUUCCACUCAUGAUGCACAUAGUUACUCAAAUGUUGUGAAUUCAUGGGGAAAUGUGAACACUGGAAGCAAUCCUACAGUUCAAACAAAAGGUUUCUCAUCCCAGUUCAAGAGAAGGAACAUCUCCUCCUCUAAGGUGAAAAGCACAGAGGAGCAAGAACAAGAAAAGAUGCAACAGCUUCAGAAGAAAGGGGUAGAGCUGCAAAAAAAAAAUGACAAAAGCUUAAAAGCAGCUUUAACUGGGACAGGUGUUCCAUAUAUGCCAGUAGACAUUCAUUUUUAUACAGAUGCCCGAAUAAAGCAAAACAAAACUCAAUUGGAAACUGCAUACAAACAAGUAGAUUUCGCAGCAGAGCUCCGCAAGCAUCCUUUUUUGCCUGCACGAAUAGGAAAAGGCUGCACUAUUACAAAACCUUUUAAUCUUUCUUACUCGAGCAAGAGGAGACUAGAGGACAAUGAAUUUGUGCCCAUAGCUCAACAGAUCAAAGCCUUCCAAAACAGAGUACCAAUGCAAUUCCAUGUGAAGAGUAAACAUAACAAUGAAGAAGGUCCGUCACCUGUAAGGACAACAAAAUUAAGGAUGACUAACCCCAAAACUCCUAACCUGCUUGCCAUAAGGUGCAAUCGUCCAGUCACUUGCAAAAGCACUGCAGAGGCCGAGACGCUGGAAAAAAUUAAGCAGUUUAAAUGUAAAUCACGUGGUCAGAAAAUCCUAGAAGGUGGAUUACUUCCAAAGAAGCCUGCACCUAAACCAACACAGCAUGAGAAGCCAGCACUAGUGAAAGCAAAUCCUGUACCUCGUUUUGGAGUUCCUUUCAAGCCGAAACCCUUAGAAAAUAAACAAGUGGAAGUAUGCCCCUUCUCUUUUAAAUCAAGAGAGAAGGAAAAUAGAACCCUUAAAGAGAAACACCUAGAAGAACUACACAAGGAAGAGUUAAAAGAAGAGCAAAAACAGCAAGUGGAAGCUGUAGUCUUCAAGGCUCGUCCCAAUACAGUCACUCAUCAGGGGCCAUUUAUCCCAAAGGAGGAGAGCAGAGUACUAGAAGCUUCCAGAGGCUUUAAGCUCUUAACUGAAAAGCGUUCAAAAGAACGAGUGGAGUUUGCAAGGGCUUUGUCAGAGAAGGAGGUUGUAUGUGCAAGAAAUGAGCAGGAAGAGCGAGAGAAGGAAGGGAAUGCAAGGCUCCACCAAGAGCAGGUACACAAAGCUCAGCCAAUUCCAAAAUUUAUGAAGGUUGACAUGAAGCACAGCACCCAAGCUUCAACAGUUUCCAUUUCAACCAAGUUUUCCAAAAGGUUCCGCAUAUAAAUUUAUCAUUUUGUGCCACUUUUAGAAAGAUCUUUUGUUUUAUUAGAUUUUUUUGUACCGUUUCAUAAUUUAUCCUUUAUGUAUGGAACUUGAGUGUAGUUUAGACAU